AUGAAAACCAAGAAGAUUCUCGUCAUCCUCAGCGAUGCAGACUCCUUCCCCCUCAAAAAGACCAGCGGCUCCAACAGCGGUCAAACAGUCCAGCAUCCCUCCGGCUUCUUCCUCCAAGAACUCGCAAAGCCCCUACAAAAGCUCUUAGAUGCCGGCCACGAAGUCACCUUCGCCUCGCCCCAGGGCCACGAACCAACCGCCGAUCCAAACAGCGAAACUCUGCUCGCAUACGCAGGAAACUUCUACGAGCGUCGCCGCGAACACGAUCUCAUUGAAAGAAUGAAGAGAGAAAAUGGCUUCAAUAAUCCUCGACCGUUCAGCUCUAUCAGUGACGAGGAACUCGCCACCUUCGCGGGCGUCUUUAUCCCGGGUGGCCAUGCACCCCUGAAGGACUUAGGCGGGGAUCGUGAAUUGGGUCGGAUACUGAGAUAUUUUAAUCGAGAGAAUAAGCCUACUGCGGCUAUCUGUCAUGGACCGUUUGCGUUGUUGAGCACAAAGCAGGCGGGUGAUGGAUCAUUCGUGUAUUCCGGGUAUAAGAUUACUUCUUGGAGUGAUGCGGAGGAAAAAGUGAUGGAAACCAUGUUGGGCGGCGAGAUUGAAAAGGUCGAGUCGGCGUUGAGAAAUGAAGGUGCGGUCAUGAUGGAAGGCGCCCCGGAGAAGGUUGGUGGAACGACGCUGCAUCGUGAGUUGAUUACUGGGGGGAAUCCGUUGGCUGCGAAUGCACUCGGAGAUCGAUUUUUGAGAAUGAUUAGCGUUUGA